UCACGCGAGAAAUAUAUUCUCCGGUGCUUUCCCUUUCUCUCUCUCUUUUCUCAUCUCUGUGCGCGCGGAGCAAGAUUCCACUCUCGAUACCUCGGAGUUAUCGCGCACCGAGCAGCAGAUUAUCCUCUCCCUGCAGGCAUCGCGCUGCUUCUCCAAUAAGAUUGCCUGCUUGAAUUAAUCAAAAUCUGAAUAUUUUUUGCACAAGGAUUACCAAAAUCAGAAAGCUUACUGUUUCAUGCUAUCAACGACUGAUCAUCAAUAGUGUCAUUGGUCAAACAUAAAACAGGCAAAAUGAGCUCUGAAGGCGGUGGCACCGCCAUCACAGGCAAGAAGCGGAACAGGGCCCAAAUUCAGACACUAGUCAGGGAAGGCUCUCUCUAUAACCUCACCCUCAGUGAGGUUGAAAGCCGCCUUGGUGCGCCACUUCUUAGUAUGAACCUUGAUGACUUUGUGAGGAGUGUGCUUCCAGAUGAGAAGAACCUUCCAUUACCAAAUGGCGCUGGGAAUUCAGGCAGUCAAAGCACGUCAGCUUUUGGUUUGGAACGUCAGGGCAGCAGCAUUACUGUGCCCCUGCCAUUGAGCAAGAAGACAGUGGAUGAAAUUUGGAGAGACAUCCAGCAGGAAGAGGAGAGUAGUGAUGAUGAGAAAAGGAGUUCAGGUUGUGAUGCACAGAUGUCGUUUGGGGAGAUAACACUUGAGGAGUUCUUGCAAAGGGCUGGCAUUGUUACUGGGCAGUAUCAGAAGGAUGCUGAGGAGUUAAUUGAUCUUGUAGGAACUGGAGAAAGUGCUCAUUUGAUGACCAGAGUGCAGGAUUUCCCACAGGGAACAAGUGCAAUUGAUGCGUAUAUUGUACGUCAGUCGAUUGCGCAACCGUUGAGUGUUGCAAUCCCUUCGACAAUGGAUUCCAUCUACCCAGAUCGUCAAAUGAGUAUUUCGUCAUCUCUAGAACUUUCUGAUCUUCAAAGUCCUAGUCGUAAGAGAAUGUCUUCCCAGGAUGUGGUAUACAAGGUUGCUGAUCGGAGGCAGAAGAGGAUGAUCAAGAACCGAGAAUCGGCUGCACGUUCAAGAGCUAGGAAACAGGCCUACACAAACGAGCUCGAAUGCAAAUUGUCUUGUCUGGAAGAGGAGAACAAGAGGCUGAAGAGAGAGAAGGAGUUGGACAUGUUAUUGAAGUCCGCGCCCCCUCCAGAACCGAAAAAGCAUCUUCGGAGAACGAGAUCGACCUCAUUCUGAUUGUGUGUAGAGUACAGGCUUCUGGUAGAUUUUGAUCGCUCUUUUGCUUUCUCCUCGCAUGUAUCUAUGGAGUGUGUGCAGUUUGCUUUGCUUGUAAUUUGUAAAGGCCUAGGACACCCAACAAUCUUGUGAAAUGUCCUCCCGGCCCUUAGGUUUCAGGUUUUGUAAAUCUGGUUGUUGCAAAUAUUCUUGCGGCACGGAUCCCAGUGUAUGGAUCGUACUGCGAAGUUUCUUGCUAAUACUUGCUGUAAGUUUUCGCUGCUGUAACCUCUGUAGCCGCAUGGUAAAUUCAAUGAACCCUGUAUCUGCUUUCA